CCCUUUAGGAGCGGAGGGUCAACUACAGUCUUCGAGCGCUGUUGCUAGGAUACUCAGCACCACAGUGGAGCUGCAGCAGGUAGUAGUGCCACUUCAGUGCGCAAACAGCGUAAUUAACGUUUGCAUAAAGAGUUUGUUUCUCCCGAGAUAAGUGGAUUUUACACGAGCGAACAAGAUGGCUGCCGCGUCGUGUCGGUUUGAUGACGGACACAGGUGUCCCACCAAAUGUUUCCCCGCCAGAACAUUACUCUGCCGAAGAAGGAAAGACGGUGAUGGACACUGUCUCGUGUCAUACAGAAAGACAGAGGAGCAGCGGGACAGAAGAGUCAAAGAGCAUCAUAAAGAACCAGAGAAGAACAGGACAGCUAACGCUCCUCAUGGUAACACUUUAGAUGGAGCCCUGUUGCUGCGGUUACAUUGUGUUGAUAAACCAUCGGAGCUUUGCUCUGUGAACGUCAGCGAGCAGGAGCUGAAUUCUGUCAAACCUGAAGACCUCAUGGUGUUUGGUAACGUGGCGUUCAUCGAUGCCUCCGUUAACCUCAUGACUUUAGGAUCUUUCAGCAGUUUUGUGUCUUUGAGAGAACUGAACUUGUCCCUUAACAGGAUUUGCAACAUGACUUUUGACGCCUCUGACUUCCCUCAUCUUGAGGUUCUGGAUUUGUCCUACAAUAGUUUGUCAGCUGAUGACAUUGUUUCCAUUAGUUGGCUUCCUCGUCUAAAAGUCCUUCACCUGACAGGAAAUCGACUUCUUUGUCUUCCUCCUAAUCUGGCCUCUUCCAACAGUGACCCCACUCAGCUGUCGGUUGAAGAAGACAUGUCACCAUUCAGGGCUCUUGAAGUUCUGAUGCUUGACGACAACAAACUGUCGUCUGGAGUCUUCAACAGUCUCAGGAACCUUAGCAGGCUGAAUCAUUUGAACCUACAAGGGAACCGCAUUUCUCAAAUACCAUAUUUGCAACCAACAAAAUCUCCUGAGCAGCAAGCAGCGAUGGAGACACCUGGCAUCAGUGAUAGACCCGAGAAACGUGUGCGUGGUUGGUCAGCCUGGAUUCUUCUACAGGACAACCUGAAGAACCACAGCACAGGAUCAUUGCCUCUCCCAAAGCUCCAGUCUCUCAAUUUAUCUGACAACAAAAUCGCAGAGGAAGAAGCGCUGAUGGCUGCUGCCCUUUUCCCCACGCUUCGUGAGAUUGACGUCCACUCCAACCCUCUGACCACACGGAGAAGUGGAGAGCCUCCACUGCUCACCUAUUGUCUUCAAGAGACACUGGGGAUAACAAUAAAGCGCAAAAAGACAAAAGACGCCGGGAAACCUCCACUGACGGUGUCCACUGAUCCGAAAUGGAAGGUGGAAGACAGAAUUCCAAAGGUGUCAAAGAAGCCAUUGUUGAAGGAGGAAUGUGAGGGAAAGAGAUGCAGAGAUGACACUUUCCAAGAUAACACUCAGCACUUCUUUGUUACUCAGGCGGACGCUCUCGCUGAGUCCGACGACAUUGAGGAAGAUGCCGCUCCUGAGGAAUUCAACUGUCACCAAAUGCUGACGGAGCCAAAACUGAAUCCCGAUGUUGUGGAGCCUGUCGCAGGAAUUCAAACAGCUGUGCGGAUGCUGGAACACACACUGAAGAAUCUUAAUGUUUACAGAGACUCAAAACCUACAUUUGAUAACAUCCAGAUGCCAUACAGAGAAAAGGAGAAAAGGAUUAAGGCGCUGCCGCCUUUGAGACCAACGAAGCAGCCAGCUGAACGGGUCAAAGAACUUCUCAACCACAUCAAAGAAAGCACAGCAAGGAGAGAAGUGGCCUUGAGCAGUGCCAUGGACGGCUCGGGUGCUGAUGCAAGAGAACAUAAGGAGGUUCUAUCGCUGCUGAGCGACAUGAAGACAAAGUACGAGGUGGUCUACAGGAGAACAGUGGAACAAGCGGACACACAACACUAAAUGGUGCUGAAUGGUGCUCCACCUGUGUCUGUGAGUAAAUCUGUCAGCAUACAGCAUACAGUGAUGGUUGUGAGCAGCUGCAGUGUGUAACUCUUUAGAGAUGUUAGUCACUCUGAUAGGUAAUAGACCUUCAUCAGACCUUCAUCAGACCUUCAGUCAUAUCCCCACCUUUUUCUGCAGCUGUCUCGCGUCACUCGCGCAAUGUUGCUGUAGCCUCUUUCUGUCGGGACAUGAAAUAAAUCACUUCCUGUGUGCAGUGCGGGCGACGCGAGAUCUAAACAGUGCUAUGCUGACAGACAGACAGACAGACAGACAGAGAGAGAGAGAGAGGGAGACAGUCAUGUGGAGCAGUUUAAAGUCCAUAUACUACAUAUCCUCAAACACAUAGACUUCCUGCCUUAUUAUAUUGGACGUGCACAUGUUAUAUGUCCUUCAAACUUACAGCGGAAAUAUUCUAGUCUUCAUUGAAUUCCCUUUUCCUAUUUCAUGGCUUUGUCCUUCAUAUGAUUCCAAUUAUGUGUCAUAGGGGCCGUUCAACCACGGUGAAAUAAAUCAUAUUCAUCUGUGGACAUGUCCCUGCUUCUGUGGGACAUGCUUCUUGCCUUU